UUUUAAAGUAAAUUAGUUAUGGCGUCCUGCUCUGUACAGUAUUAUAUACCACAUAAACAUCCAUCUAAAUUAAAGGCUAAGUUUACACACACUACAUUAUAUGAGAGAGAGAGAGAGAGGAAUUGCAUUAAUUUGACUUUUUAGAGAGGAAGGAAUAUAUAUUGAAGGAGGCUGUGAAAGAAAAUAGGCAGUAAUGAGAAUGGGAAAGAAGCGUGGUUUGAUCUUCUUCUUUCUCAUCAUCUCUCUCUCUCUCUACGUUGAUGCCUACAAAAACUACACCGUCGGCGAUUCCCUCGGCUGGUACGACAUCCUCGAAAACUCCAAAAUCGACUACCACAAAUGGACUGCUGGCAAGAACUUCUCCCUCGGCGACUUCCUCAUUUUCAACACGGACAACAACCACACGGUGAUCCAGACUUACAACUUCACAACGUACAAGCUCUGCGACUACAACAAUGCCCUUGACAACGACACCAUUGAGUGGUCAGCGGCGGACCCUUCUGCCACUACACCGCAGUCGGUUUCUGUGGCAGUGCCGCUUACAAAAGUGGGGAUGACAUAUUUUUUCUCGAGCGACUACGAUGGGGAACAAUGCCUCAACGGGCAGCGCUUCCAAAUCAAUGUGACGUAUGGCCAAGGGCUGCCCCCGAGCCUAAGGCCCGAUGAUGGCUCCCCAGGACCGGUCAGCCCGGAAUCUGGCGACGACGAGUCAGUUCCGGACACCUUGGUUCCCUCCAAUUUUGAUAAUCCUAAGGAUACUACCGAUGAUCAAGAUGAGACAUCCAAUUCUAUUCCAUUAUCGGCCUUUUCUAAGUUGAUUGGGAUUCAAUUACAUGGAUUGCUUAUUGUGCUAGGGUUUUUUAUUUUAUAUUGUUGAUUUUUACUAUUUUUUUAAUUAUUGGUUUGUGUAAUUUAUUCUACUUUUUAGGGGGGUUUUGGUAUAAGGUGUGUAUUUUAGAGGUGAUCGUAUAACUGAGAUUUGUUAUUUACUUAUUACAUGUUGGAAUAAAAUGAUAUACUUUUACAUUAUAAAA